UCCUGUUUGUGGAUCUGAAGGCCCCUUUGAGGGAAGAGAAGUUUUGAAGACGAGCCGCGGGCAGUGGGGGUCCUUCACAUCCUUUCUCGUCUCUGCACAGCUCAGUAGUGAACAAACUUAGUCACAUGUGCAACCUAGUGCUGGGUAAUGCUCUGAUAUUUCUGGACGUCACAGUAAAGAACAGUUUUUAGUUUAAUUGUUUUUAAGGUGGUUUGAGGCACCAGGGUUGGCAGUUUAAUUACCGCCCGGUUGAUGAUAUUCACCGCGGGCAGCUGUGCAUGCUGUCCGGGAAGAGGUUAGCAGUAUCACCGGAGGACGCAAAGAAGAAAAAAAAUCCACAAGAGGAACUACAAUCUGGAAGUAUUUCUCAUUUCGUAAUCGGCGUCUUACUCGCUGGAGUUUUGCAACUUUUAUCUAGAAAUGGUUGGCAGGUUAAACUUGCCAAAUGUAUGUGAAGGGGAUCCAUUGGAUAUGAGCUGCAGGGCUGAUAGAGGACUUGACAGCCCGGACUCUGGGUUACCCCCGAGCCCGAGCCCCAGCGCCUGGCUGCUGCCUGUGUGUGCGGAUAAAGCCGGGGGCGUGAGCCCGGUGUCUGAAGACGAAGGACGGGGCUCCCUGGUUCCAGUUUUGCCCACUGGAUCUUUCCCACAGCUGCACCCAUUGUCCUAUGGAGAGGGUAUAGCACUUGAUCCAUUACCGCCGAAAGAAAUAAGAUACACCUCAUCUGUGCACUACGACUCAGACCGCCACUUCAUCCAGGAUGUGGACCUACAGCCGUGGGGCCAGGGCCUUGAGCACUGCAGGCAGACCAUCAUGGCCAUCCCCGAUAGCACCUGGCGCCACUACAAGACACAGCUGGAGUUCCAGCCUCGCCACCGGCCACAGCGCUUCAAGAGCACCACUAUCAUCUACCCCAAGAAAACCAGUACCGUGUAUACCACAGAGCUGAGCUACGACUGCCACCGGCUAGCCAGGCGCUUCCUCUCCAGUGUAGAGCUGGAGGCUGCUGGCAGCAGAAAGCUACCUCAGUGAGGGGAGGGUGGGGGGACCUGUGGCAGGGGACAAGACUCCUAUACUGUAGCUCCCCCGACACUGCCAUAGACCUGCUGUGUUGUCUGUACAGCUGUGUAGUCUGCUAUCUUUUUUUUUUUUUUUUUUUAAAUAUCCAUCACAAGCUGUGGACAAGAAGCCUCUGUGCUGUGAUGCUACAGAUGGCAUGAGAUGAGAAGACAUGGACUAAAUGGAUGAAAUAACCAUUCUGUCCAUGCCUUGAUAUGUUGAUACUCCCACCAGUGGAUGAUUCAUACUUAGAAUAGAUAUUUUAUUGAAUGCUUUGUUGUCAUUGUUGUUGUUUUUGAUGGGGUAAAGACUUAUUUUCCCUCAGCAAAGUCACUCUCCUCACAUCAAGAUGGACAAUAGUGCAGAGUGAAGUAGAGGAAUGAUUUUAGAACUGCUAACUUAGGUCAUGGUUCAAGGCAAACGUAACAAACAUAAUGGUAAAUGAGUGGAGGUGUAAUUAAGUGUGGUGCUGGAGUUUGGAUGCAUGCUAAUUCACUAACUUAAAGUUAUCCGCACUGUACAAAGGAUGUGGUGUGUUUUGUUUCCUUACAGGAUAUUGUGUAUUCCUGCACAACAUUAGCACAAACUAAGGCUUUCCAAGCCUUCUUUCUGGCCACGAUUCAUAACACAUUACGUAAAAGUUGGUAGAUUAAAGGAACAUUUGCUGUUUAUUUUGAUGUGUGAGCUUAUACAAACUGAUUAAGUAGGUCGUAUAGAUGGAACAUGAAUGUGGAAUUUACUGAAAGGUGGAUAGUAUUGUUUUUGAUAUCACUCACUGGCUUACCAGUGAAAGUAACAAGCUGCAUUCCACUGCUAUCACUUUCUAUGGCUUGAUUUGGAUUGAAAAUGAUAUUUAUUCUUUUUUUUUUUUUUAAGUUUUUGAAUCUGAGAUUUUAUCAGCUGAUUAACGGGUCUUCUCAGUCUUGUCAAGGGAUAUUUUUGUGAUGCUUUUUGUGCCUUAUUGAUGUACCUAUUGAUGCUUCUUUUUGAUAUCCGUCACUUAUUUAGUGCCAGUUUGAAAUAAAGUGGUCAUUAGUUCAAA